AUGGACGGUAGUGGUGACGGCUAUACCGUCUCUCAACAAUCAUCAGUAUCGCCUUUGCUGUUAGAGAUUAAGAGGACAAGGAUUAGUGACAGGGCGAUGGCGCCAUCAAACCUUGAAUUGGAAAGCACACCAGAUCGAAACGUUUGCUCGUCGCCAGAUUCAAACCCGAAAGUCUGGGAAGCAUUAAUAAAGUCACAGCCACGUUCGUUAAAGGUGUGCAAGCCACACAGCAGAAUUUAUCCGCAUGGUUUUCCCAUUCUGAGGCCUCGUUUGGUUUCUAAGAACGGAAUCCCGGCAGAUAGCAUUGAGAAAAAUUCCAAAACGUAUGUGUACGACAAAGAAAAAAGCUAUUUUGAGCAGUGUUUUCGGGAACUGCGGGUUCUUGGUCGAGGAUUGUUUGGUGAGGCUUUGGAGGUGGAAUGCGUUGAAACUGGUAAACAUUUCUCAGUAAAGAGAGCUCUUCGGACGUUCGAGUCCGCUGGAUCUCGCCAGCAGAAACUUCGUGAGGCAACCAACCAUGAGGCUAUUGCACCGCAUCGAAACAUAGUCAAAUUCGAAAAAGCAUGGGAAGAGAGGGGUCGUCUUUACAUCCAAACCGAGCUCUGUGGUGCAAACUUGGCUGAUUAUCGUACCGAAUUUGGAAUCCUCUCCGAACCCGAACUCUGGAAAGUUUUGCAUGAUUUGGUGCAGGCACUUCAUCACAUGCACUCAAAUGGAAUGCUUCACAUGGACGUGAAACCUUCGAAUAUUUUUAUAUCGGACUACACUACUUGCAAAUUAGGGGAUUUUGGACUUGCUUUCGACAUGAGAAAGACUGCAAGGGACGCUGCAGAGGAAGGCGACAAGUACUACAUGGCUCCAGAGAUAUUGAACGACUCGCCUACCGCAGCUGCCGAUGUUUACAGCCUGGGUGUCUCGAUGCUCGAGCUUGCCACUACUGUAAACCUUCGCGAAAGUAGCCAUAAGAUUCGAAACGGGGAACUACACGACGAACUGUUUGGAGAUCUGACUCCUGAUCUGCGCAAUAUGAUCAAGUCUCUGCUCUGUCCAGAUCCUCUUGAUCGACCCACUACUAGUCAGUUAUCAACUGAUGAAAUUAUUUUGAAGAAUACACGAACACCUGUCCGUUUUCGUCAUUUAGAGAAUGACGUAAAAUCACCAUUAGGUCCACUGGACAAAGAUUGGGACUUUGAGUUUGAAGACGAGAUUCAUCCACCUUCAAUACGUUUCUCAAAACCUCGCAGGCCUUUAAGGGAUCUUCUCGGAGAUGAUAUCUCUGAUGCUGCGGAUAGUGUGAAAACUUGCCUGAACUUCGAAAAUUCAAGCGACGAUGAGUCGCCCACCUGUCGACCAGGCAAGCAAAGACCACUUCGUUCUCAAAGGGCACCUAUUAGAAAGCGAGAAAAUAUCACUCAUACUGUCAAAAAACUCGACUUCUCCGACACCUCCGAUGUGUCUCCUGGCCCAGCUCCAAAGAGGAUACGCGAAGCAGUUUAA